UCUCAUCUCAUCUAUCAUAUACAUCACAGCCAGCCAGCCAGCCAGCCAGCCGGCCUGCCGAAAUAUAUACAUACAUAUAUCUAUAUAUAUUCGGAUCAUUUCAUUGUCGUAUGUAUGUAUGUAUGUCUGUACGUGUAUAUACACUGCACAUCUAUCUACUAUGACUAUGAGCUUUGACGACGAUCGAUGAUAAUGGCGAUUACUUCAACUCCCCUCCUCCACCUCUAUCUGCAAACUCCAUAAAUUAAAUCAUUCUCCAUUCCAUCCUUAAUUACCCUUACACUUACAUAUUCCCUCACCUCCACCUUCACCUAUGUCGUCGUCCUCGUCUCACUCUCUGUCUCAGUCCCACCACCAUUUCUCCACCUCAACCUCCUACCUAUUACCCCCUCCCGCCGGCCCCUUCGCCGUCGACGACGACACCUCAUGGCAGGCCCAAUUGUCAUGGCAGUUCGAGCCACAAGGCUGGCUCGACAAUCACAAUCUCGGUGCAGCUCUCAGUCCCUGGUCGGCAAGUUCAGCAACCUCUCAAUCCGGCGUUCACAGCAGAAUUUUCCGGCGAUCCGCCAACGAUUACUACCUCACACGCGCUUCCGCUUCCGCUUCCGCCUCCGCCGCCACCGCCGCUGCUGCUUCCCAAAGCUUCGGCGAUUCUCACUAUGAGGAUUCUCAAUCGGGAAUUUUGCCGUCACGGCGGCGCCUGGAGCUCCAGAGUUUUGUUGCUCCUGCAGCUAAAACUGCAGGAAGUUCUGGUUACAAUGGCCAUGUCGCCGCCGACCAGAGUUCAGUCCGAUUCCGACAACAAAAUCAGGAUCCACGGUGGCUGUCGGUGUCGCACGCUUAUAUGGAAGACAAUGGUAGUGUCGAUUCCGGAAGCAUUACAGAUACAAACCAUGGUAAUCAUCACCAUCAUCAUCAUAGGGUUAGCAGAGGGCACGAGGCGUACAAUGGUCAUCUUGCCGAUGAUAGCCGUUGCUACAACAGCCACCAUAGCUACUCUGGUGUUGAUUCUCACCCGACACUUGUGGAAGUAUUGGAAGAAGAAGAUGAAGAUGAAGCUGCCGCACCAAGGUCGGUCGGGCUAUUCGGCUUGUUCAGAUAUUCGUCACCGUUGGAUAUAGUACUGAUCAUGUUUGGGUGUUUUGGAGCUUUCAUCAAUGGAGGUUCCCUCCCAUGGUAUUCCUUACUUUUCGGUGAAUUCGUCAAUCGCCUUGCCAGAGUACAAGAUCUUGAAAAGCAUCAGAUGAUGAAAGAUGUAAACCAGAUAUGUCUGCUUAUGGCUGGAUUGGCAGGAAUUGUUAUGGUGGGGGCUUACUUAGAGAUCACUUGCUGGAGAAUGGUUGGCGAACGAUCGGCACACAGGAUAAGAACAGAGUAUCUAAGAGCUGUUCUACGGCAGGACAUAGGAUUCUUCGACACACAAAUAAGCACAAGCGAUAUCAUGCACGGGAUCUCCAGUGACAUUGCUCAAAUUCAAGAAGUCAUGGCAGAGAAGAUGGCACAUUUUGUUCAUCAUAUAUUUACAUUUAUCUGUGGGUAUGCCGUUGGUUUCCUCAAGUCAUGGAGAGUGUCACUAGCCGUGUUUGCAGUGACUCCAUUAACGAUGCUCUGUGGCUUCGCCUAUAAGGCCAUAUACGGCGGGUUAACUGCAAAAGAAGAGGGCUCUUAUCGGAAAGCUGGGAGCCUCGCGGAACAAGCCAUAAGUUCGAUAAGAACUGUGAUAUCUUUUGUAGCAGAAGACACUUUAGUGGAGAAGUAUGAUGAUUUUCUUGGACAAUCAGUGCCUUUAGGAGCAAAGCUUGGCUUUGCCAAGGGAAUAGGAAUAGGUGUUAUAUAUCUUGUUACAUACGCGACGUGGGCGCUGGCUUUCUGGUAUGGAUCAAUUUUAAUUGCCAAGAAAGAGCUCACCGGUGGCGCUGCUAUUGCCUGUUUCUUCGGUGUCAAUGUCGGGGGCAGGGGAUUGGCAUUGGCACUGUCAUAUUUUGCACAGUUCUCACAGGGAACUGUGGCAGCAGGCCGAGUGUUCGAAGUAAUUGACAGGAUCCCAGUCAUUGAUCCCUACAAUCUCGAGGGAAGAAAGCCUGCGACUAUGAGUGGGGAGAUCGAGUUUAGAGGUGUUUCUUUCGCAUACCCGUCACGUCCAACUGUCCCCAUCUUCCAAUCCUUGAAUCUAGUGAUCCCAGCUGCCAAGACUCUGGCUUUAGUCGGUGCUAGCGGAGGGGGAAAGUCGACAGUUUUUGCGCUUAUAGAAAGGUUCUAUGAUCCAAAUCAGGGCUUCAUCACUGUUGAUGGUAAUGAUCUGAGAACACUGCAAGUGAAAUGGCUUAGAAAUCAGAUUGGAAUGGUUGGUCAAGAACCAGUUCUGUUUGGAACAAGUAUACUCGAAAAUGUGAUGAUGGGAAAGGAGAAUGCAUCCGAGAAAGAGGCAGUUGCAGCCUGCGUCGCAGCCAACGCUCACAGCUUCAUCGCCGAUCUCCCACUAGGAUACGAUACUGAGGUUGGGGAUCGCGGGACUCAGCUUUCCGGAGGCCAAAAACAGCGUAUAGCGCUAGCUCGUGCUAUGAUCAAAGAUCCCAAGAUCCUCCUUUUGGACGAGGCGACAAGCGCCUUAGAUCCGGAGUCUGAAGUUGUGGUUCAAAAGGCCAUUGAUAAAAUCUCUGUGGGCAGAACCACUGUGAUCAUUGCUCACAGGCUAGCAACAGUCAGAAAUGCUCACAUGAUCGUCGUGCUUGAUCGUGGCUCGGUUGUAGAAACUGGUAGCCAUGAGCAGCUCAUGGAGGAAGCUGGUGCCUACUUUGAUCUUGUCAAGCUGGCCUCUGAAGGGAUCUCACAGCCUCAGCUCCAUCGCGUCGAUAAUAGCCAUAGGAACUUCUACUCAACCGAUGAAUCUUCAUGGGAAAUGUCGAGGCUGCAACAAAUGUAUGACAUAUCAAGAUCCAAAGAAGAAAGCAUUGAGAUGGAGGAGAAACCAAAGGAUCAAACAAAGUCGGGAGAAUACAAACUUAUGGAUGUUUUGAGACUGCAGAGACCAGAACUCGGUUUACUGAUGCUUGGCCUUCUCUUAGGCAUAGCUGCCGGCGCAAUUUUCUCAGUCUUUCCCUUAGUCCUCGGCGAAGGUCUUAAAGUCUAUUUUUUCAAAAACUUGCAUAAAUUGAAGCAGGAUGUUGGAUACCUCUGCUUGGUACUUAUAGGACUCGGAGUCGGCUGCAUAAUAUCGAUGACAGGCCAGCAAGGCUUCUGUGGUUUGGCGGGGACAAAACUCACUAAACGUGUUCGACAUUUGUUAUUCGGAGCUAUACUGAGACAAGAGCCUGGCUGGUUUGAUUCAAGUGAGAAUUCCACCGGUAUCCUCGUGUCAAGGCUGUCGGUUGACUGUGUAACCUUCCGAUCAGUUCUUGGCGAUCGUCUAUCCGUCCUGCUCAUGGGAGUGAGCGCAGCAGCAGUUGGAUUAGCCGUUUCAUUUUACCUGCAAUGGAGGCUAACUUUGGUGGCUGCUGCUGUUACACCAUUCACAGUCGGGGCUAGUUAUCUCAACCUCAUCAUCAACAUCGGGCCAAAGUUGGAUAACAGCUCGUUCGCCAGGGCCAGCAGCAUAGCUGCAGGGGCGGUAUCCAGUGUAAGAACUGUUGCCACAUUCGGUACGCAGGAGAGCAUUGUCCAAUCCUUUGAUCAAGCUCUAGCGGAGCCUCAAAGAACAUCGAUGCAGAAGUCGCAACUUCUUGGAUUGGUAUUAGGCUUUUCUCAAGGAGCCAUGUAUGGAGCUUACACUUUAACUCUCUAUUUCGGCGCUGUUCUUGUCAAAGAACAGCACACAGACUUUGGAACCGUGUACAAGAUUUUCUUGAUACUUGUCCUCAGCUCAUUCUCUGUUGGACAGUUGGCUGGCCUUGCUCCGGACACUUCAAUGGCAGUUUCUGCUAUACCUGCAGUGUUCGACAUUCUACACCGGCAGCCAUUAAUAGGGAGUGAUGAUGAGCAAGGCAGGAAGCUCGACACUGCGAAUCCAGCAGAUGUUGAGUUCAAGAAUGUAACAUUCGCAUAUCCAUCCAGGUCAAAUGUGUUUGUUUUGAAUAACUUCAGCCUCAGGAUUGAAUCCGGGACGAUGUUGGCCUUAGUAGGAGGCAGUGGAUCAGGAAAAUCGACAGUCAUAUGGCUAAUCCAAAGGUUCUAUGAUCCUACAAGAGGAAAUGUACUAAUGGAAGGGGUUGAUUUGAGAGACCUCGACUUGAAAUGGUUGCGACGACAGAUAGCUUUAGUCGGCCAAGAGCCGUCCCUCUUCGCCGGCAGCAUCAGAGAAAACAUUGCAUUUGGCGAUCCUCGCGCCACAUGGGCCGAGGUCGAGGCAGCUGCAAAAGAUGCAUAUAUUCAUAAGUUCAUCUGCAGCCUCCCUCAAGGAUAUGAAACUGAGGUUGGGGAGAGUGGUGUGCAGCUUUCAGGAGGUCAGAAGCAGAGGAUCGCCAUAGCUCGAGCGAUUCUGAAGAAGUCGAAAGUGCUUCUCCUUGACGAAGCUAGCAGUGCGUUGGACUUGGAGUCGGAAAAGCAUAUCCAGAAUGCACUCAGAAAGGCCUCGAGACAGGCCACCUCCAUAGUUGUGGCUCACCGCCUGUCCACCAUUAGAGAGGCCGACUUCAUCGCCGUCAUGAAGGACGGCGGCUUGGCGGAGUACGGCGACCACGACACGCUCAUGGAUGCACACCUUGGUGGCAUUUACUCCAACUUGGUUCGUGCAGAGACAGAAGCAAUGGCCUUUGCUUGAUGAUCAAAUGUUAUUGUAGUAUAACAUUCAUGGUGCAGUUCUGUGUUGUUUGUAAUCUGCAAAUUUGAACAUUGAUUUACAGAGGAGGAAAGAUAUAAGAGUU